AUGGACGGGAUGGCUGGCUACAGCCGUUUAAGGUUUUGGGUUACGGCUACGGCUACGGCUACCGUGGUUGUCCUCCCUGUCUAUCUCCUCCACAUCCGUCCUAUCAUUGCCCGGAUAAGCCGUCGUCGAAAGUCGAAACGUCCUCACGGCCUUGUCAUUAUUUCUGAGCCCGUGAAUGCUGACGAUGUCACUUUCGAGUGA